CAAUAAAUGCGAAUUUUCCUGCUUUCCUGUCGUCUGUUUUUCGUGAAAUGAAGUUUGCUGAACACCUGAGUGCUCACAUCACGCCAGAAUGGAGAAAACAAUACAUAAAUUACGAGGAGAUGAAAUCUUUGUUGUACACAGCUGUCGAACAAUCCCCUUCAGGCGACGUAAUUGAUCCAGAAAUCCUCACACGAUACUUUGCCAAGUUUGACGAGCAGUUUUUUCACUUUUGCGACAAUGAACUUGCCAAAAUCAACACUUUUUACUCGGAAAAGCUCGCAGAAAGUACUCGCAAAUUCGCGAAUCUCCGAAGCGAAUUGGCGGAAGCACAAAUUGAAGCGAUGCCGGAGAAGGAAAAAGCUCGUUUUCGUAAACCUUUGAUAGCAAGGCGUAAAGAUCAUCCCGUGAGGAAGGCACAAGAAUUGAAAUUAGCAUUCAGCGAGUUUUACUUGAGCCUCGUAUUGCUGCAAAAUUAUCAAAAUUUGAAUUUUACGGGAUUUCGGAAGAUUUUGAAGAAACAUGAUAAGUUGUUAUCAGUAGAUUUUGGGGCAAGAUGGCGACAGGAACACGUCGAACAAUCACAUUUUUACACAAAUAAGGAUAUUGACAGGUUAAUUAAUGAGACUGAACAAAUAGUGACGGAAAUCGAAGGAGGCAAUCGUACAAAAGCGAUGAAACGGUUGAGAGUUCCGCCGCUUGGAGAGCAUCAAAGUGCAUGGACAACCUUCAAAGUUGGGCUAUUUAGCGGAGCAUUUUUCGUAUUAAUUGUAGCUGUUAUUCUUUCGACGCUCUUUUACAAUCACGCAACAGAUGAAAAUUUUCGGGUUGCGAUUCGACUUUAUCGAGCGCCGUUUCUCGUGAUACUUUUCUUGUUCUUCUGGUCAAUUAAUGUUUACGGUUGGCGCUCAUCUGGCGUGAAUCACGUUCUCAUUUUCGAGAUCGAUCCGCGAAAUCAUUUGUCGGAACAACAUAUUAUGGAAUUAGCUGCUAUAUUUGGAGUCGUUUGGAGCUUAAGUGUUUUGUCAUAUCUCUAUAGCGAUGUGUUGGGUAUCCCUGCUUAUAUUAAUCCAUUGAUAAUGUACGUUGUUUGUUUAGCAUUUUUGUUCAAUCCGACAAAGACAAUGCGACAUGAGGCACGUUUUUGGACAAUAAGAGUUGUAAGUCGAGUACUCACAGCGCCCUUUUGGUUCGUCAAUUUUGCCGAUUUUUGGGUUGCUGAUCAGUUAAAUAGCAUCGUGCCAGCUUUCCUUGACAUCGAGUUCUUCUUUUGCUUUUACUCAACGAACAGUAAUUGGCGUAAAGUCGAUGCGGAUAGCGUUUGUUUGAGUGAUACGAGUAUUCGUCGAACGAUUGUUGCCUUAUUACCUGCGUGGUUUCGAUGUGCUCAAUGCCUUCGUCGAUAUAAAGACACGCGAGAAGCGUUUCCUCACUUAGCUAAUGCCACGAAAUACGCUACUUCAUUUUUUGUCGUCAUUUUUUCGUCAAUUGCUUCAUUAACUUCAGACUAUUAUGAGAAAUCUGUGCAGAAUCCAUGGUUCUAUUUGUGGAUAAUAGCAUCGAUAGUUUCAUCCUUUUAUGCUUAUACGUGGGAUAUAAAGAUGGAUUGGGGACUUUUUGAUCCAAAAGCGGGCGAUAAUACGUUUUUGCGAGAGGAAAUUGUAUAUAGCUCAAAUGCCUUUUAUUACUUUGCCAUAAUCGCAGACCUCAUACUUCGUUUCCUUUGGACAUUGUCAAUAAGUUUAAUUGAAGUUGGAUAUACGAGUCGAGAGACAAUGAUAACUUGUUUGAGCCCCGUUGAAGUUUUUCGUCGUUUCGUAUGGAAUUUCUUCCGUUUGGAGAACGAACAUUUGAAUAAUUGUGGUAAAUUUCGUGCUGUACGAGAUAUUUCUGUUGCUCCAAUGGAUAGCAGUGAUCAGGAAAAGAUCAUUCGGAUGAUGGAUUGUGAUGACGGAGUCGUAAAUCGACGAAAAACAAUUGGCGGAAGACAAAAAAGUGUCGAGCAUCGUGUACGAAUCAAUGUUGAAGACUCACAAGAUGACUUUGAUCUAUGAGGAAACGGGGGUUAAAGCUAAAAUAUUCCAAAAAAUGUAUUUAGUUUUAAGUUUUUAAGUGUAAAUACAAACAA